GACAGUCUAUAUGCGCUCUCCCUAGAGAGCACUUCCGGUAACGUUUCCUGUGUUUGUAAACUAAAAAUUGUCCGACAAGAAAAUAUUGGGCUACUGUAAACCGAGAAGAGUAAGGCUUGGGCCCCUGAUGGUUGGGGUUUGUGUGGUCUCUAAACACUCUCCCUGCCCCGAGCGAAGCCCUCUGUACCCCAACACACACACAUACACACACCACUGCGAUGUCACACCUUUCCAACAGCUCAGUGCGAGAUCACAUGAAAUGGGCUGGGUUGCUCGGCUGUGAAGCGGUGCUGUCCAGCAUGGCACUCAUGCAGGCCAGCUCCAUGCCCAGCCAUAAGAAGAUGGGCUCUCAUCUGGGCCAGGGACAGAGAGAAAACAAUCACAACCAGGACACACACAGCCAACACGGCCACAUGGUGCUUCCCUCAGGAGUCAGCUGCCCACCACUGCUCAUCCGCAAGGAUGGAGAGUUUCACUCGUCCAGGCUCUUGGAUGAGAAAGACAUUCAAGUCAGCCAGAACGUGCAGCCAAAGAAGAAGAACAGGAAGUCUGGACUUCCCACCAAAAUGAGAGAAAAACCCCAGGUGGAGAUUCCUGACGUUAAUGACGAUAACUCACUCAGCUCUCAAGUGCAGAAGAAUUUCAUAUGUGAGCACUGCUACAGUGCUUUCCGCAGUAGCUACCACCUCAAACGGCACAUUCUCACCCAUACGGGGGAAAAGCCAUUCGGGUGUGAUAUGUGUGACAUGAGGUUUAUUCAACGCUACCACCUGGAAAGACAUAAGCGUGUUCACAGCGGUGAGAAGCCUUAUCAGUGUGACCGCUGCCAACAGAACUUUUCCAGAACCGACCGGUUACUACGGCAUCGACGUUUGUGUGCCGUGGGCAUCCCUAAAGAGGAGAACCAGCCGUGCUGUGAGGGACGGCCGUAUUCUCAGGACCCCUCCCAGCACUCGGCGUCCUGGAGCCCACUGCAGACAAACAGCAGCAGGCUGGCGGUGUGACAGCCUUCCGAUCGCUCGUACAAACCACUUCCCAGCAAACACAAUGGACUCGCCAACAUGACCUGACCGGGGGUCUGAGCCUGUAAACUAUUUAAAGACCCCAACGUGUCCAGCUCUGAUCCAUCCAGCUCAACCACAUUGGACUCUUUUAUAUUGCUUAGACUCUGGGAAAUAGCGUAUUUUGUGUUAGAUGGUACUGUGAUCAGCAGGCGGGUUAGUUGUGCAUUCAAUACAGGCAAUAAUGAUUUCUGGUAGUUUAGAAACGCUUCCUUUUGUAGUUCCCAUGCAGGACUGUAGAUUGUUGAGAUUCUCAGUGUCACAGUGCGCUCACAUUUACCGUUGCUCUGCGAAAUUUCCAGUCAUUUCAAUAGGAAUCUGCACAAUCGGGAGUUUCGCAUGAGGCCGGGAAAGUUCCCCAUGCAGAUUUAGCUUCUUUUUAAGUUGGUCACACAAAUUCGCUGCAUAGACCAACAGAGAGCUACUUGGUUUUAAAAUGACUUGUACUACAUGCAUCACUACACUAUUGACAAUAGACAGUGGGCCUUUUUUGUCCACAAAAUUUCACAGAAUUUACGGAAUUAUGGAGAAGUCAGCUGUAGUGACAGCAGA